GCAUGUCGGCCGGCGGAGCGCCAGUCCCGCCGCCCCCGAACCCUGCCGUGUCUUUCCCAGCGCCCCGGGUCACCCUGCCCGCCGGCCCCGACAUCCUGCGGACCUACUCGGGCGCCUUCGUCUGCCUGGAGAUUCUGCUCGGGGGUCUCGUCUGGAUUUUGGUGGCCUCCUCCAAUGUUCCUCUACCUCUGCUACAAGGAUGGGUCAUGUUUGUGUCCGUGACAGCUUUUUUCUUUUCUCUUCUCUUCCUGGGUGUGUUCCUCUCUGGCAUGGUCACUCAAAUUGAUGCCAACUGGAACUUCCUGGAUUUUGCCUACCACUUUAUAGUGUUUGUCUUCUACUUUGGAGCCUUCUUGCUGGAGGCAGCAGCCACCUCCCUGCAUGAUCUGCACUGCAACUCAACCAUAACCUAUGGCGUGCAGCCGCUCCUGAAUGAUAACCAGUAUAACAUCAACGUAGCGGCCACAGUUUUUGCCUUUAUGACAACAGCAUGUUAUGGUUGCAGUUUGUGUCUGGCUUUACGAAGAUGGCGACCGUAA